AUGAAUAUAACAGAAAAUAACUCUUAUGAUAUAUUAUCAAUCAAAAAUUAUGAAUAUUAUUCAAAAUAUUAUAAUUAUGAUAAUAUUGAAAGAAAACUUACAUCUUUUAAUAAUAUAGGAAAUAUAUGUUACUGUAAUGCUUCCUUACAGCUAAUUUUAUCUAUAAAACCAUUAUGUAUAUAUUUAUUAAAAAAACAUAAGAAAUUUUAUUUAAAUACAAAUUCUAAAUAUAAGGGAGAUAUUUUAAGAACUUUAUUUGAUUUAAUAGAGGAAACAUAUAGUAUAGAUAAAAAUUUUGUAUGCACAAAUAAGCAUAUUAAUAUACUAAAAAAAAUAAAAAUAUAUAAUAAUAAUAUAGUAAUUAAUGCUCAAAAUGAUGCUCAUGAAUUUUUACUGAUGUUACUUGAUUUUAUUAACGUAGAAUGUAAUAGAUGUUCAAAAUUACCACUUAACUUUGAUAUUAAAUUAGAUGAUAAAGAUAACAAAGAAAAAGCUGGUGAUAAAUAUUGGUACAAAUAUUUAUUUAAGGAUAAUAGCAUUAUAACUGAUUUAUUAGGGUUUCAAAAUAUUUCAAGUAUUACAUGUAUUAGCUGUGGACAUACUAGAUACAGCUUUGAUUUUUGCAUUGAUUUAGGGCUAGAAUUUUAUGAUGAAAAUUUGAAAAGUACUACAUUAGUAGAUUUAUUAAAAAAAAAUAUAAUGGAUAAAGAUGAUUUUUGUUAUCUUGAAUGCAAUAAUUGUAAACUAAAAAAAACAAGUUGCAUAAAAAAAGGAAUAUAUAGAAUGCCUAAUUUAUAUAUGAUUAUUUAUAUAAAAAGAUUUAAAUGGAUAUAUGAUUGUAAAAAUUAUUGUAAUAAUAAAAUUAAAAAGAUAGAUACAAUUGUUUUAUUGCCAGUUGAUGGUUUAGUUGAUUUUACACCUUUUGCACAUAUGUCUAAUCACAAAUCGUUAUAUAAUUGUAAGUAUAUUAUUGAAAGUAUUAUAUGCCAUAGUGGAGAUAGUUAUAAUGGGCAUUAUACAGCUAUUGUUAAAUACAGUGAUGGAUUUUAUUUAUGUAAUGAUGAUAAAAUUAAAAAAAUAAAUAAUCCUUAUAAGUCUGAUAAUAUUAGUGACAUAUAUUUAUUAUUACUUAAAAGAGUUUCUUAA